AUGACGGCUCUGAAGGAAAACAGAUCCCUCAAGGCCAUUGCUUUCGGGCGUCACGGGGAUGGCCCCCCACCAGAUCUUUUCCCACCCCAAUUUUUGCUUCCUCCCCUACCAGUAGCGGCAAGAAUGCUAUUGCCUGCUCCUCCGCCACCGCCGGGUCAUCAGCCACCUCGGGGUCGUCAGCGACCGCAGAGGGGAUUUUUGCCUCCACCUCCUCCCGGACCAUUGCCUCCUCCACCACUGCCAUUUCCUGCUCCUCAGCCGUCUCCGCCGUAUCAGCAGUUGUUACCGGCUGCGCAAGCGGCACGGGACAUGUUGAUAAGCAAUUGUAUUGUCGAGCAAAUCACUGUUGAGGGCAAUCCAGACCAGCUCCUUUGGUCCUUUCGGGCUCAACAACAAUAG